AGGAGGUGGCGGCCGUGGGAAAACGGGUGCGCCAGGCAGGAGCCCACGAGAGCCUCGGAUAUCUUAUCUGUAACAUGCGGCGUAGGAAUACUUGCCGCAUUUUGUUGUUCUGGGCACCUACAUUGUGUUAGCGGCUUUGUAUUUGUUUGUUACGUAUGGAACACAUGCGCUGGAGCUUGGACAGGCUUUAGGGCCUCCAGGUCUCAAUUAACUCAGGGAAAUGGAAGAGGGAGAGGGCUGUACGAGCUAGACACCAGGGCCCUUUCCUGGCGCUACAUUCUCCAGGUCCUAAGUUAUUUAUUAUGUUUUCAUUUGUUAUUUAUUAUGUAUAAUCAUGACACAGUAUCCUGAAGGCAUGGAAGGCUGUGUGACGUGGAAGGUCUGGGACAAAUUUAAGAAGAGAGAGCACUGCCUACUCCGCCAAGAACAGAAAAUGAACAAAUCCCAGGAACAAGUGUCAUUCAAAGAUGUGUGUGUGGACUUCACCCAGGAAGAGUGGUGUCUUCUGGAUCCUGCUCAGAAGAUACUAUACAGAGACAUGAUGCUGGAAAACUACAGCCACCUUGUCUCAGUAGGGUAUUGCAUUAGUAAGCCAGAAGUGAUCAUCAAGAUAGAGCAAGGAGACGAGCCCUGGAUAUUAAAGCAAAGAUUCCCACGCCAGUGGCACCCAGAAGACUGGAAAGUUGAUGACCUAAUAGAGAACAGCCAAGAAUAUCAAGAUGAGCACUUUUGGCAAUAUGCUCUCAGCACCAAUAAAGCAUUAAGUAUAAAUGAUGGUAACAGAGUAAGGAAAACUUUUGAUCUGGGUACAGACUGUGUUCCUUCAAGAAAUUUUUCAUAUAAGAUAUGUGCCUCGUGUGAAAUGAGUUUGAAGAAUAUUUCAGGCUUAAUUAUUAGUAGAAAGAACUAUUCUGGAACAAAGCCUGAUAAGUUUAAUUUAUAUGAGAAAUUGCUCCUUGAUAUUAGACAUGAGAAAAUGCCUACUGGAGGGAAAUCCUAUAACUAUAAUCAAAAAAGGAAUAUCCUCAGCCAUGGUCAGGAUCUCACUCAGCCAAUUUUCGACCAGCCUUUUGAGUAUAAUGAAAAUGGACACGGCUUCCAAGAGGAGGCAGCCUUUUUCUCAAACAAGAGAGCUCAGAUCGGAGAGACACUCUGUAAAUAUAAUGAAUGUCAGAGAACUUUCAGCCAAAGUGUAAAGCUCAGUUUAUCUCAGAGAACUCGUUUGGAAAGGGAGCCAUAUGAAUGCAGUAUUUGUGGGAAUUCCUUUUAUAUGGAUUUAAGAUUGGGACAUCAGAGAGCUCUUACAGGGGAGAAUCCCUAUGAGUAUAAUGCAUAUGGGCAAAUUUUCUGUGACAAUUCAACUUUCAUUAUUCAUCCGAGUACUUAUGCGGGAAAGAUUCCCCAUGAAUAUAAAAUAAGUCACAAAACGGGGAGGAAAUCAUCCCUCUUUAAACAUCAGAUAGUACAUAUGGGGGGAAUACCUUAUGAGCACAAGGAAAAUGGAAAUAAUUUCAACAACAAGUCACACCUCACCCAACCUCGAAGAGCUCACUCAGGAGAAAAAAACUUCGAAUGUGCUGAUUGUGGGAAAACAUUCUGGGAAAAGUCAAACCUCACUCAACAUCAGAGAACACACACAGGAGAGAAACCCUAUGAAUGUGCUGAAUGUGGGAAAUCCUUUUGUCAGAAACCACACCUUACCAACCAUCAACGAACACAUACAGGAGAAAAGCCUUAUGAAUGUAAGCAAUGUGGAAAAACAUUCUGUGUGAAGUCAAAUCUCACUGAACAUCACAGAACACACACAGGAGAGAAACCCUAUGAAUGUAAUGCAUGUGGAAAGUCCUUCUGCCACAGGUCAGCACUAACUGUACAUCAGAGAACGCACACAGGAGAGAAACCUUUCAUAUGUAAUGAAUGUGGGAAAUCCUUCUGUGUGAAGUCAAACCUCAUUGUGCAUCAAAGAACUCACACAGGGGAGAAACCAUAUAAAUGUAAUGAGUGUGGGAAAACCUUUUGUGAGAAAUCAGCUCUUACUAAGCAUAAUAGAACUCACACAGGGGAGAAACCCUAUGAGUGUAAUGGAUGUGGGAAAACCUUUAGUCAGAGGUCAGUACUCACUAAACAUCAGAGAAUUCACACAAGGGUGAAAGCUCUUUCAACAUCCUGAAUAUUCAGAAACCUUCAUCCACCCUUUCAAAUUUGUUAUUCAGUUUUUAAAAAUAAGAUUAAACCCAAAGAAUGUUACAAAUUACUUCAAAGUUACAUCUUAUUGUACUUCAGAUAAUUAAUAUUUGAAUAAAACCUUAUAAAUGCUUUAAAUAUGUGGAAGCUUUUAAGAAAAUAAUUUUGUCAGAAAAUUUGUACUGAGGGGAAAUUUAAGUAAUAUUGUAAAACUUCAUAAAUAGAAUUUAUGUUGACCAGUGUCAUGGUCCAAAUGUGAUACCAAAAUUUUAUUGUAAAUAUAAUGGGGUGAUAGUUAUACUGAUAUUCACAAUGUAAUCUGAAUCUUAAAAAAUGUCGAAUGACAAUAGCAUUAAAUGUUUAUAUGAAGAGUCCCUAAUGUGUGCAGGCCUUAUGUAAGUAUUUUAAUAAAACAGAAAUUUGAGGUAUGCUUGAUUUGUAUACUAGAGCCCAACAUGCUUGUGAAGAGAAAGGAUGAACACUUAGUUAAACAACUGUUGUGGUCUAUAUAAUACUUCCCACACUAAAUGUCACCAGUAUCUUUGUAGGUUGACACAUUUACAAAUGUACCUGUAAAUAUAUUUAUAUUCAUAUAUAGUGGUGUGCUAGAGUAAGUUCAUACUGGCUUGGAAGUACCGCUGAUUGUUAAAUUUUCAGGAAUUUUAUGAGCCAGUUGUUAAAUACAGUCAUUAUUAAAUCAAAUUUUAUACAGUUACAAUUAUAUUUAAAACAAAGGUAAUAAACACUCAAUACGUCCUAAUUAUUUUAUAACAUUUUGCUAUUUGUUCUUUAGGUUACUUUUAUUAUUGAGUCUGCAUGGAGAAAAUACUGUAUAAUGAAUGGUGUGCUACUGCACAUCUUCCAGCUCUACAUUCAGUGCUGUCACAUUGGUAACUUGGAUUUAGUGGGAGUAUUUACACCAUGGAAAUUGGCAAAGUCUACAAAUUAGGGUUAUUUUCUCAGAGAACCUAUUGUCCAAUAUUUACCAGCACACCACUAUGGAUAUAAGAAAAUAUAUUUGGAAAAGUUAAAGUGAAAACCACAUGCCCUUUCUCCUAUUUUUUGACAAAUACAUGGCUGUGGUCAUUAUUGCUGAACUGCCUCUUCAAUAAAGACAACAUAUGUUUCUUCUGUGAGGUUUUUAAAUACCUCAGCAUAAUUUCUAUUCUCAAUACUAACUGUGUCUCUUUAGAGUAUGGCUAGUAUAUGUUAUUUUACAGCCACUCAUCUACCUUUACCCUGACUUUUUUUGGCAUUUAUGAAUGAGUACAGCCAUUGCUGCUCAACUAUUAAAUCUAUUAAAAAGCCAAACAUUUUUUUUCUCUGUUUUUAAAGCUGCCUCUUGGUCAGUCAAUACUGUAAAUGCUGUGAAUAAUAAUACUUACAUAAAUUCCAUGAAGAUUAACAUCAGUUAUAACAGUAAUACUGCACUGUACAGAUAAAAAAAUAGUGGUAAUGAAAUGCCUCUUUCAUACUCUUGGUAUUUUGCUGUAUCUAUGUAGGCAUGCUAUAUGUAACCUGAGCUGUAUGUAAACCAGGAACUAUGUAUUUGUAUUUUAUAUAAUAGAGUGUCAUAUACUGUCUCUUUAGCCUUUGUCCUACUGUUUGCUAUGCCUCCUUGCAACAUAUUAGCAGUUCCAAGGAACUCCACUUUUUUUUUUUCUGCCUUGCUGAAGCAAGGCCACCAAAAAUUUUUUGGUUGCCUCCCACAUGAAAAAAAUGGGAGUGGGAGAGAACACUGGGACUCUACUUCUUUUUUGCUGGGCUCUGAUUUGUCUUUGUUCAUCCUUCCCCCCGAUGAUAUAAGGGUAAAUCCAGGUUAGUCUGAAUUAAUCAUGGAUGUGUUAAUGAUUUUGUUGGGUGGACAUGUGAACAGUGAGAUGUUUGAAAAAUAUUCUGCAGUGCUUCUGGGAAAAAUCUCAGCAAUAAAAUAUUGUCAUGAUGUAAGAAGACAAAAGAAAGAUUAUCUCUCUUUUAAUGGACUUUUUCAUGUUUGUAUGUUAUAUCAAAUUAUAGUUUAUGGCCCUAAAGGGCAGUAGCCUGAAGAUAACAUUACACAAGGAGAUAAAACCCUGGUUUGGAGGUGACAUCAUUGGGAUGUGCAACUCUAUCUGGACCUGCUCUCCAUGAGGACCUUAUAUUACUGUGAGGAUAAAGGUUUCUUUUUUAUUCUUAGGGCUGUUACUUAUAGCUAAAGGUAUUGCCCCUAAUAGAGAAGAAUUUGGGGAAGAAUUAUUUCUUUUGACUAAUCAAUAUAGGGAUGGGUCUUGUCUCAGCCGUGGUUCUAGUAAAAAACAGAAUUCUAGACUUUAAUGGCAGAAUUACAGUGGUGUGGGCCAGAAAUGAGGGCUAUUGAAGCACCUAGAGACUAGCAUCAACAGGAAGCCAUUACCAUUGUAAAUCCUAAAGGGGCAAAGGAUGAAAACUAUUGUUUCAAAGGAGGGGCCACCAUGUAGGAGAUAAUUAUCACUACCAGAAUUGUGACACCAAAUUGCUAGCGCCUCCCUUUGGAGAACCCAAGCAGAUGCCAUCUGGCCAAGUGGGCACAGAGAAGAUCUUAGUGGAGCUAAUGGAGAAUAAGCCGCACAGUGUUUUUAAAUUCCUGUAACUUCCUUUGUAGAGGCUCAGUAUUAGAAAUUUAUUCUACUAGUUGAAAGUUGUGUUUUUGCUUUGUUGUGUUUUUUUGUCAUAAAUAAAUUUCUUUUGGAACUGAGAAAAGUGGCAGGUGUGUCUCUCCUUUAACACACGUGAAGCAGAUAUGUGUAAUUGCAUUAUUAAUAUAUCCAUCUGUGAUGUUUCUUUUUAUUUAAAAAUUUUUAAAAAUAUGUUUUUAUUGAUUUUUUUUAGAGAGAAACAUCAAUGUGAGAGAGAAACAUCGACUGGCUGUCUCCUGCACAACCUCUACUGGGGUUCAACCCCAAAACCCAGGCUUAUGUCUUGACCAGGAAUCAAACUGGGACCUCACUCAAUAGGAUGACGCUCAGUCCACUGAGCCACACCAGCCAGGCUGUGGUGUUUCUUGUUACAUGUAGUGUGAGGUAAGCAGCUCUCUAGUUUUCCAAAUAAAUAUCCAGUUGUCCCUGCACUGUUUGAUUAAUUUGCCCUUUUUCUUAUUGGCUUGAUAUGGCAUACUUAAUACAACUUUGCAGGACAUUUGGACCUGUCUAAAACAUCCACUGAGACAUGGUCCUGUCCAAAAUGUCUUUAGUAUUUAUUUGGCCCUGUACAAAACAUCUAUGGAGACA